AUGUCGCACGCCGUAAUCUACAAGACGAUUGAACACUUCAACACAAUAGCAAACUUUGAUACUUUACCUCGCUCAGGACAGCCUAAGAGCCUAUCUCCAAGGGAGAAACAAGCCCUCGCGAGCGCUGGGCUCGACAUCAGCCCCUCGACAGUCCGCCACGCUUUGAACGAGCAGAACUUGCGCAAAUGGAGGGCUAAGAAAACAAUUCCUCUCACAUAG